GCACUGUUUUAACUAUAAGCCAUGGUUUAUAUGAACAAAAAAAACAACUAUUGGUCUGGACUAUGUAGACCUAAACACCUCUUAUGUAUCCAUAACUCGUUUCUCUCAUUCAGUGUUUUUUAUUAUCAGCCCAUUAUCGUAUUACGUAAUGAUGAAGUGACUUGGCGUGCCUUGCGCUCAGUGUUGAUACAUGACGUCACGGCAUGCUCUCGGCGCCCCUCCUUCGCGUUCCUCUCUGUGUUGUUUCCGCAUAAUUAGACGGAAUCCCCGCCCAACCCGAUUCCAGCUUGGCUGCGUUGUUUGGGGACAGUCCGAAGAUGGCGACGGCCCAGCUGUACUGCGUCUGCCGGCAGCCGUACGAUGUGAGCCGGUUUAUGAUAGAAUGCGAUAUUUGUAAGGACUGGUUUCACGGCAGCUGUGUUGAAGUAGAAGAGCACCAUGCUGUGGACAUUGACGUUUACCACUGUCCCAACUGUGACGUCCACCACGGACCCUCUCUGAUGAAGAAGCGAAGAAACUGGCACAGACACGACUACACCGAGCCAGAUGACGGCAGUAAGCCAGUGCAGGCUGGCACCUCUGUGUUUGUUCGGGAGCUGCAGUCAAGGACCUUCCCCAGCGGAGAUGACAUCUUGCAGCAAAUGCAGGGCGGUCAGGUCACCCAGAGGUAUCUGGAAAGGUAUGGCUUCCGCUAUCCCAUCGCUGUACACAGAAUGGAAGGCCUCGGCCUCCGUUUACCUCCGCCGGAUUUCUCCGUCAAGGAUGUCGAGCGCUACGUUGGAGGUGACAAAGUGAUUGAUGUCAUCGAUGUGGCCCGCCAAGCAGACAGCAAAAUGAAACUGAGUGCGUUUGUGAAGUAUUACUACAGCCCUCAGCGGCCUAAAGUCCUCAACGUCAUCAGUCUGGAGUUUUCAGACACCAAGAUGUCAGAGCUGGUGGUGGUUCCUGAUAUCGCUCAGAAGAUGUCUUGGGUGGAGAACUACUGGCCCGAUGACUCCUACUUUCCCAAGCCCUUUGUGCAGAAGUACUGCUUAAUGGGCGUGAAGGACAGUUAUACCGACUUCCAUAUUGAUUUUGGGGGCACAUCUGUGUGGUACCAUGUCCUGUGGGGGGAGAAGAUUUUUUAUUUAAUAAAGCCGACCCCAGUCAACCUUGCACUAUAUGAGGAGUGGAGCUCGUCUCCAAACCAGAGCGAAGUGUUCUUUGGGGAGAAAGUGGACAAGUGUUACAAAUGUGUUGUGCGGCAGGGAACAACCCUUCUGAUCCCUACAGGAUGGAUCCAUGCGGUUCUCACCUCUCAGGAUUGCAUGGCUUUCGGAGGGAACUUCCUCCACAACCUCAACAUAGGCAUGCAGCUCAGGUGCUAUGAGAUGGAGCGGCGUUUGAAGACUCCAGACCUCUUUAAGUUUCCUUAUUUUGAGGCCAUUUGUUGGUAUGUAGCGAAGAAUCUGCUGGAGACUCUCAAAGAAUCUCGAGAAGAUAACUGCCUGCCUCCAGAAUACCUGAUCAAGGGAGUGAAAGCUUUGAUUACUGCACUGAGGAACUGGCUGAAGAGAGAGGUCACAGAGCCAGCCAGCGAGGUCCCGGACCAUAUCAGACCCAACCAUCUCAUUAAAAUGCUCACCAAGGAAAUCCAGUACCUUGAGGAUUAUCAGAAUGGGAAUUGCGGAAACAAGAUAAUGAAAUCUCAAGGAAUCUCUGCGUGUCCUUCCACGAGGUCAGCGCACGAGAGAGGUUCUCAUGCACGCAGAACGGCCAGACGUCUUCGUGACCACCACCACCAUCAUCAUCAUCAACUCCCUCACGGCCCUAAAGCUCCCACCAACCUCGACAUCUUCGAGCAGCACACGCAGCAAGUCUUAAAACGACUUGAGAUGGGUCCUUAUGAGGAGGAUGCCUCUUUUAAUGUAAAGGUCAACGGCAAGUUCAACAAGGUCUCCACGGCCUCGGCUGCAGUGGCAGAGAGGAGUUUAGACAACGACCUGCGUUUGGUGCUGUGCAAUGGACGUAUAAUCAGAGAUAUCAGGCAGCAUGUUGGAGAAAAAAGACCAAGGAUUAAGGAAGACGAAGGCUCCAGGGAUGUGAAAAUUGACUCACUCAAGAUUAAACUAGUUCCUAAGGAGGAAGAAGAGGAAGUGGAUAUUCAAAUGAAAGAGGAGGAUAAGCAGCAUCAUGUAGCUAGAGACAUGAAGCCCUUUGCAGAUCUUAAUAAGCAGGAGAGUUCAGAUCUCAGAGAAUCUGUACUUUCAGACAUCUCAUCGGACUCUGAAUCGGAUGAGGACUUCUCUACACGGAAAAAGAACUGCUCUUCAGAGGAAUCUGAAAGCUCUUCAGAGGAAGAUGAAGAUGAAAAGAUUAGGAGGAGUGGAGACGGCCAAAGACCGACCAAAAGUUGCUCCAGCUACACGAUGGAUACGCAUCAAUCCAGGCAAAAGUCUGACCCUUUUGAAAAACGUCUUAAAAGUGAAUCCACUACCUCGCCAAGCACAGAAGAGGAUGCUAUCCAGGGAAUGCUGUCUAUGGCAGGACUAUUGUAUUCUCACGCAUCAGAAGAUCCCAGCAGUUCACAGGAAUCCUGGUGGUCCCGAACCAACCAUCCAUCUCCUGACUACAGUAGAAAGGAGGUUGCAUCGGGAGAGGAGAACCAAGAUUCAGACAGCAAUUCAUCACAGGAGGGCUUUCGGGAGCGUGAUUCAGAAGGAGGAUGUCACGCCAAACUCAAGCAUAGGAUCCAGGAACACAAGAACUUCAUGGACAGCCAGGGCAGCGGCAGCAACAGCAACAGCAGCAGCGAGGCGUGGAGCAGUCACACUCACUCCCCGGCCCACGGGGAAAGCCCCACUUUGGGCUACCAAUACUGUGAAACAUCCCUGUCACCACCUCUGCACCCAUCCAAGAGACCUGCUUCAAAUCCCCCACCAAUCAGCAAUCAGGCCACCAAAGGUAAACGUCCCAAGAAAGGUAUGGCUACAGCGAAGCAGCGCUUGGGCAAGAUUCUCAAAUUGAGCAGACACAAACCCUUCUUUGUGUAGCAACAGCGAUGGCAGCCGCCGCCUGCAGAAGAUUUGGGAUGCUGAGCGUGCAUGCUAAAGGUGACAGGGUAUAAAGUGUGUUUAGUUCAACACGCUGGCUCAAAAGCAUGGUAUUGGCUACCAGUCAACCCGAAGCUUAGGAAUCAUCCAAAUUUGCUAAUAUGUGUCCAAAGAAACAAGACGACUGAGAGGAAACAAGGACUGAAAACAUCACUUCUCAAGGCUUUUGGUUCUCAACGCUGGCAUCCAAAAUCAGGUUUACUCUAGCAUGCUGCCAGGCUGCUACCCACAACUAAAAACACAUCACUUUGAAGAUGCGCAUCUUAAGACGGCAAUUGAGUGAUGAACUGAUUUCAUAAAGGUGCUUUUUUGGUCUUCUCAUUUUGUGAUUGCAAAACCAACUUUUCCUAGUGAAGAAAAUUAGCAUUACUGCCUCAAAACAGAACUAAAACUUCACCCAUAACUACCUGUCAAUCAAAAUGUUCUCACAUUUUGAGAGGAAUUAAAGAAAAAAGAUAUUUUUGUCAUUCAUCUUGUCAUAUUUUAUAUUGCUCGCUAAAGGAGCGCUAGGUAGUCUACCUAUAUUUGGUCCUCUAUUGCCACCUAGUGGGCAUCCGAAGACUGAAUUUAAAUGGUGCUUGAAGGUAUCAUUCAAAUGAGGCAAGAGAAAAGACAUUUCCCUUAAUUUAUUCCUUUAUCUUGGUGCUUUUUCUAUACUGUUAUUAAAUUACGUAUUUAUUACUAAUGAAAGAGAACAAUUUAUUUCAUUGAGCAUUUAGGAGGUUUGCUGUUCUUGGGGGGUUUGAUAUGCAUCCGUUUUAGAUAUAUGUGGCCAUACAGCCAAUUUGUGCAAAGGCUUAGCUGUUUUUUUUUUAAAUUUCAUCCAUAUCUGUAUUGCGCUGUGGGUAAGAACAAAUGUGUUGUGUAAUAAGAAGCUAAUAUUUAAUCAAAAUACCUGCCCAAAUAGUCCUGUCACGUCAAAAUCCUGUUAUUUGGCUGGUUUUUAGUUAUUCAAGGAUUUCAGAAACAUGUUUCCAUAAGUAUAAAGUUCAGCUGCCUCAUCAGAUCACGAAGCAUUGAAACACUGUUUGAACCGGUGCUGUGUAUAGUAAGAAAACGAGACGUUUAAGACGGCCAAGGAGCGUGGGAGAAUUUGUACCUUUUUUACGUUAAAGUGUAUUUGGCUACUCGUCUUUUUACAAAGAAUCGAAAAGAGUAUUUAUUUUUCUAAAGCAAGUCUUAAGAGAGAAUUUUUUGCGAUCGCGUAUUGACGCGACGACCUCGCGUUUUGUAAGAUAUGUGUGUGAUUUUGAGGUAGUUUACUCUGCUUUUGUGUGGAAGACCUCAGGUAAAUGUUUGAGCUCAAGGUUUUGGAUUCCUUUGGAUGAAUGCCAAAUAAUGUAAUCACAAACGUCAGGUCUUUGAAUUUUGGUGUCCCGGCAGCAAAGAGCUGUUUUUAUCCAACCUAAUAUGAAAUUCGAAAGAAAACGUUCUUUUGUAUUCCAAAAUUUGUGUUUUAAAACAUUCACAGCAGCUCCAACAUAAUCUACAAAGCUCUUCAGGCAAUAACGCACAUUCCAUAAGCUUCCAGGACUUCUAUGAUCGAUUUCAUUAACUCAAAUGACUCGCAGAGGUACAGUACAAGCAGCUCAGGGCUCACAUACGGACUGUUUUUCUGACGGACAGCUUUGAUGCUAAUUAUUCAAAGGGCUUUAGUUGACCCAAAGGUGCAUGGAAUUGAACAGGUCAUUACAACCAGCACAGUAUUGUUACUGUAUGUCAUCUUCCAAGGUUAUUAUUAAUACUCGAGCAUUGUGUUUUGAUUCAUUGAUGCUGUUAAUGUAGCACCUGUUGCUUUUUGUCUGAUCUGGUGCUAUUUGUCUGAUCAGGAUUUGGGCCAAAGUGCACAUGUAUUGCAGUCAGAAUUUUGAUUCAGAUGUUUUUUGUUUGAGGGGGGAUUGGAGGAGCUUCUGUGUCUGUCCAAAAAAUGCCGCACUGCACUAAACAUGUCCUGCAUUAGCUGUUACACUACACUGUUGAGUUUUUUUUUAUUGUUACUGUUUUAACAAUAAAUAUCUAAAUGUGCUUGAUAAGUCAAAAACAUUGCUGGCCUGCAGGCAGGGUUUGUACCAUGCAGUACUUGUACAGUAUUUAUUUGGCAUUCUCUGUUGUUGUUUUCAAUUUGCUGGUCUUGCAAUCAGUUACGUGUUUGUUUAUGGAGUGUCCUCUCAUUUUCAAUGCAUUUCAAAUGUUUGAAAUUUUUAUAUGGUUGUAAAAUUUUGUUGAAUAUUUUGUGACACUGUAAUCCACAGCUAAGGCUCUUGAAAUUAGGAUUUUCAGUUGUACAAUGUGGCCUGUACAUAUUAAAAGUUCUA